AUGAAUGACGAGCUGCUUGCCCAUGUCGAUAACGCAAUCGACAUCUUUGAAUCGAAAACGCACAAGUUCGCCACUGGCCUAUUCCUCUUCGACAACGCGCCAAGUCAUCAAAAACGCGCCGCUGACGCCCUUUCUGCCCGCAAGAUGCCCAAGGGACCCCACGCAACAUGGACCAACACAGCCAAUGGCCACCCGACGAUGCCGGGCUGGUUCAAGGGCAUGGAGCAAAUUCUCCGGGAGCGUGGCCUCCAUCGCAAUGGGAUGAAUGCGCAGUGCCCAGGCUUCAAGUGCCAACCCAACGCGACUGAUUGCUGCUGCCGGCGAGCAAUAUUCUGUCAGCCCGAUUUUGUGGCUCAGAAAUCAGCACUACAGGAACUCGUUGAAGGCCGCGGACAUGUCUGCGACUUCUAUCCAAAAUAUCAUUGUGAAGUUUGUGAACUGAAUUUUAUAGAAAUGUACUGGGGCGCAGCAAAGGCGAUUUAUCGUAAAUCUGACAAGACUAAAACAAUUGAUGAAAUGGAGGAAAACAUGAAGAACGCACUGGAUGCUAUUCCACAGCUAUCAAUCUUACGAUAUGCAAAUCGUGCAGCAUGCUUCAUCUCCGCUUACUCGGGUGGCCUCAACGGUGAAGAGCUUGCCUAUGUGCAGCGCCGCUACAAGGGCCAUCGUAUGCUUCCUCAGUUUAUGAUUGACCAAGUAAAGGCAUCUAUUGCUCAUAUCAAGUAA